ACAUUAUAUUUAUGAAGAAUAAAAUAAAUCUUACAAUUCUGCUAUGGAUGAUAUCUGAUACAGUUAUUCUUAUUUUGUUUGUAGUAGAAUGGCUUAUGUAGUUGUUUGUUUUGCCGACAACUCCGUGUCAGAAGUGCCGACAAAUUGGUUAUAUGAAUAUGAAGGGGAUACUAUGUGCUGGUGGCCGCCACCUUCUAUAAAAAAUACAUCAAUGUUGAUCUCAAAAUGUGUGGAUCCUGACAAGAAAUCAUGGAACUUAAUGUCAGUGACAGUGCAAAAAUACUUUGUCUCAUUAGAGAAAGCGAGAGACGCUGCAGCUAAUGAUAAUUAUAUAUCAACGGAUGAUCAAUGCUUGGGUAAAGGUCAUCGUAAAAAGAUAUCCAAUACCUUGAUUCAUUCAGAUGCAGAUGAAGAAAGAAACCAUGAUAAAAAGAGUUAUAGGACCUCUAAGAAUAACCCAAAAGUUUACAAUAGAAAGACAGUAAAUGUAUCUAUUCAAGAUGAACAAUCUGAUGACUUUAUUGAGAAUGAACAGAGUAUAGAUAACGUUCUUCCUGUAUGGCCAGCAGAUAUGCAAAGUUCUACAAAUAAUGACAAUACGGUUAAUUUUGUUACAAAUGUUUAUCAAAAGAAUAUGAAGCAAAAAAAGAGCUGUGAUUUAUCGCGACAAAACUCUCAAAUGUCAGAAUCUAACAGUACAAGUAUAAAUGAGUGUGAAGAUCCAUUGAAUACGAACAACAUAGGAGAAAAAGCUGAUUUAAAUACACAACAGAGAAUUGAGGCAAAGGUUGAUACUUUAUUGAGGACUACAGCAGAAAUACAUCUCAAAUUAGAUGAUGUUUCAGCACAAUUGGCGAAUACGCUUAUUCGUAAGAAUCAAAAUCAUCUUAAUACAGAAACUAUUAGGACGUCCCUACCAUUAAAAUGUAUCGACGAUAUUAAAAAACUCGAGGCGCAGUUAAAAACCGAUAAAACUUUAUAUAAUGAAUAUGUAGGUACAUCAUAAAUAUAGCUAAAUUGCAUUAGCAUAUAUACUACAAUUGUUUUAUUUCAGAAAACUUUUAUACAAAAAGUCGGAGGCCAUUCGCCGAGGGAACACGUUAGAAAUAUUUUAGCCAAAGUUUUCUGUAACGAAUGUGCAAUAAAAUGCUCAUGGAAAGGACGCAGACAAAAUUUCGCUGUUUCGAAAUUAUUGCUGAUUACAGUA